AUGCGGCCUCUCACUACCCUCCUGGCGCUCCCUUUGGCGCUGUUGCCUUCGCUCGUCUUCGCGCAGGAUCUCGAAGUCCAAGUCACAAAACCGGCCGAAUGUACGCGCAAGACUCAGAAAGGCGACACCGUGUCGAUGAUGUACAAGGGCACGCUGCAAAGCGACGGCAGCAAGUUCGACUCGAGUUAUGACCGAGGAACACCCUUCAGCUUCACGAUUGGCAAGGGCCAGGUCAUCAAAGGCUGGGACCAGGGAUUGUUGGACAUGUGUAUAGGAGAAGGAAGGAAGUUGAUCAUCCCGCCCAACCUGGCAUAUGGCAACCGGGCUAUGGGCACCAAGAUUCCUGCGGGAUCUACACUGAUUUUUGAGACAGAACUCAUGGGCAUUGAUGGUGUCAAGGCCGAACCGCCGAAGUCUGUUGAACCUACGCCGCCAGCUCCCGAGAAGUCAACCGCUGCCGUUACAGAUGACAAUGUCAACUCCAACGACGAAGAAGCGGCGCCCGAAAACGUACCGAGCCCUACCUCCACACCGUCAUCCGAAGCUUCUCCUGUGGAGGCGAAGCCUGAGAAGACUGCAGCACCUGCUGCUAAGCCUAGUAAAAUCGCCGAAGCACAAGAGAACCCCAUGGAUGGCGAGAGCGGCAAGGGCGAGUGCAACCUCCUUGGCAACUUCGCCUUGCUUGUGCAGGGUGCUCUCGGACUUCUCGCAGUGUCCUCUCUUGCCGUCAAGAGGCUGAGAGAGUCCCCGCGACGACCUAUGAAGAUUUGGUUCUUCGAUGUCUCGAAGCAGGUCUUUGGUUCAGUUCUGUUGCACCUUGCAAAUGUUCUGAUGUCCAUGUUGUCUUCUGGCAAAUUCGAUGUAGCAGCGACCACAAGCGCAACCACCAAGUAUGCCGGAACGAACGAAGAGGGUGAUCAGCCGAACCCAUGUUCGUUCUAUCUCCUCAACCUGGCCAUCGACACUACGAUCGGCAUACCCAUUCUCGUGCUGCUCCUCAAGAUCCUCCACGCCGCAUUCGCGAAGACGCCCCUUGCCAACCCCCCAGAGUCCAUCCGCAGCGGCAACUACGGCCAGCCACCACGCGCAACCUGGUGGCUUAAGCAGUCCAUAAUCUACUUCCUCGGUCUUAUCGGCAUGAAACUCUGUGUCCUCGCCAUUUUCGCUUUCUUGCCUUGGAUCGCAUGGGUAGGAGACUGGGCACUUCGCUGGACAGAAGGGAACACGGCGCUACAGAUCACUUUCGUCAUGUUUAUUUUCCCCUUGAUUAUGAACGCGUUACAGUACUGGAUCAUCGAUAGCUUUAUCAAGGAUCCUGAGCAUGGCAGCGGCAGUGGCACUGAGGGCAGGUAUGGCGUUAUUGGAGAUGAGGAUAGUGAGGAUGAGGAUGAUGAGGAAUGGUUGGAGAGACAGAGGCGGAGGCGUGAGGCGGGCAUUGAUGGCGAGGAUAGUGAUGUUGAGGCUGCUGAGGGUGAUCCGUUGAAGGAGGCCAACCCUACCGUAGUCCCUGCAAGGAGUCGUAGUCUGAAGACUGGCGGCGACUACGAUCCUGCGACUGACGGAGCAAGUGGCAGCCUCAAGACCAGGACGGAGUAG